CUGAUAGACCGAGCCACCAGCCCUCGCGACGAAGGCGAUCCCAAAGCUGAGCAGAAGACCCUGGAGGAGAGCUGGCAGGACUUGGCCUUGAUCAAGACAACACCAAAACCCCCCAAGAAGCAGAGAAGGGAAGACCUCAGCGAGCCUCUGCUCUCUCCGGCUUGGCCGCCGGUGCCAGAGACCAGGGUCUGCUCUGCUCCUCCGGAGAUUCCUCGGGUCGAAUCCAGCCCUCCGCGCUGCCUCACGCUGCAGGAGAAGCUCCUCUCCCACUACAGCAGCCGGCUGGCCGUGCCCGAGUCACAAGCAUCCCUCGCCCCGCAGCUGGCCAGGGGCAUCUGUGCCCAACUGCAGAACUCCCUGCAGAGCAGGUACCCGGAGCUGCCCUUCGGUGACUUCUUCCUCAGCGGUCCCCUGCUCGAUGGCCUCGGGGUUCUGGCAGCCGACCACAUCCACCUCAUGCUGCCGGUGGUCCUCGACGUCGCGCUCUGGAGCCUCAUCCCAGGGGAGGACACCGUGGUGAGGAACCCCCAGUACUGGAUGAUCAAGAGGACUGAUCUGGAGUAUUUCCCUCGUGGGCGCAGCCCCUGGGACAGGUUCAUCGUGGGACGGUACCUCUCCUCCAACGUCCUCAACGAGACGCUCCACAAGGUGCUGGUGGCCUCCAUUAACUGGCCUGCCAUAGGCAGCCUGCUGGGGAGCGUCAUCUACCCGGUCGUGGCCUCCCAGGAGCUGAAGCUGGAAGUCAAACACGAUCAGGUCGAGCUGAGCAUCACCCUCUUCCCGGUGGUGGAAAUGGAGGACAAGGUUCUUCUGGCUGCUCCUCCUGAAGGACUGGUGGAAAACCUCUGGCUUGAGAGCUUUUACAGGGCAGAGGUCUCGAAGGUGAAGGAGCUGGACGCCGGUGACUCCGGGGCUCGGCAGCACUGCCUCCGCAUCCUGAACGGCGUCUGCAAGAGCCAUCCUGCCCUGCACAAACUGAGCGGCAGCCCCUUGACCCACGUCAUCCUUCACCUCAGUGCCACCAGUUCGGACUGGGCAGAAGAAAGCCUUGCUGACAGGUUCCAGCAGGUGCUUGAGGAGCUGGUCGGCUACCUGGAGAAAGGGGUCUUGCCUUCCUAUUUCAACCACAAAAUCAACCUCUUCUGUGAGCUGUUGGAAGAGGAAAUCGAUGAGAUGGGCUUCACCUACCCUCUGUGCAAAGUGCUUCAGCCUCCUGCCCGCCCUGGUGCCGUGUGUCACCUCGGUACUGACCCCCAGGACCUGCUCUGUGUCUAG